AUGGCGGUGAGGCCAACAAUCACAGAUGAUCAUAUAGUUGCGGCACUCGAAAAUGAAGAGUGUGACGAUUUUUCUGGCACUGAGACGGAGGAUAAUUUAUCAUUGGAUGAUGUGGAAAGCGACUACCAAGACAAACCCUUGAACGAAGACUCUGAACACGGUUCUUCAUCGUCAGACGUUGAAGGGCCAAAUGAAAAUCCAUCCAACACCAAUCCACCCGAUAAUCGACAACACGAAGGUUCAUCAGCAGCAUCCAGUCAUAUUAUUAUCUUAUCUCAAAAUAGCUUACGAGGCAAAAAUCAUCAAAUUUGGUCAACUAGAAAAGGACAGACAUCAUCGCGAACUUCAGUUAUAAAUAUUGUCCGUAUGGCAAGAGGGCCAACCAGAUCAGUGAAAAAUAUUACAGAACCCCUAGGAUUGUUUGAAUCUUUUCUGAUUGACGAAAUUUGUGACGAAAUCUUAAAAUGGACCAAUGUUGAAAUUGCCAUUAGGAAACAAACCUAUAAGCCUGAAACUUCAACUCAAAAAAAUGUUUGCAAGGAAGAACUGAAAGCUCUUUUUGGUAUAUUUAUAUUGGCAGCUGCCCUUAAGGAUAAUCAUCUCACAAGCGAUGAAUUAUUUAGAACAGAAUUUUGCGGAACUCGCUAUGUAUCUUGUAUGAGUCGUGAAAGAUUUGAUUUCCUUGUAAGGUGCAUUAGAUUUGAUGAUCGUGAUCUAAGAACUCAAACCACCCAGUCUGAUGUACUCACACCAAUACGAAAAAUAUGGGAUAUUCUCAUGGUGCAGCGUCGAGAAAACUAUAUUGCUGGUACCAAUGUAACUAUUGAUGAGCAACUGCUGGCAUUCCGAGGGCGCUGCAAAUUUAAAAUGUAUAUCCCCAAUAAGCCGGCGAAGUAUGGCCUCAAAAUUGAAAUGAUGUGA